GCUGAUUCGUGUGCGCAAACACACGCACAAGUCGCUGCCGCGUGGCCCGACGCGUGCAGCUCCUCCAUUCACCCUCGCCACCAUUUGCUCUGACCAUCUACGAGCUCGCUCCAUCUGCUCCGGCAAUGGGCACCAGUCCACCAACGAGCUCGUUGCUGCCAAAUCGGGCUCAAAUCGACCUCCUAGCUGCAAGUCGAGCCCGGAUGAAUCUCAAAUCGACCUCCACACUGCCAAAUCUAGGCUAAAUCGAGCCCCUCGCCGCCAAAUCGAGCUUCACCGCCCCCAAAAUCGAGAUCCUGUCCACCAAAUCGAGACCAAUUUGAGCGGACGGCCACCCAAAUCCCUAGUCCUCCAUCCAAAUUUAGGCAAGCGGCGCUCCAAAUCAUGGCUGCGGGCGGGAGUUAGUGUCCAGAUCACAGCAACAAGGGCGGUUAAAGUUGAUUGACUAAAAUUAAACUAAUAGUUAAGGCACGAAAAAUAGACUUUUUACUCCAGAAACGAGGCCAAACGGUAAAAAAAAAAAAAAAUCUUGCACUCGACCGGUGGGGAACGGUGCGUCCCCCCUUCUACCCACCGUCCGCCGAGCGCUAAGCCCAGGCCUCACCGUCCGCACGCGCGGCGCCUCCGUCCCCCGCCGGCCCGCCCCCCAUGUCGUCGUCGCAGUCGCAGGCGGCGCAGUGCCCCUACUGCCGCGCGUCCGGUCCGGUGCGAUGCGCGACGACGCAGCCCCCGCUCUCGCGCGCCGUCUCCGAGUGCUCCGCCUGCGCCCGCAUCGUCCUCGAGCGCCACCUCCACACGCACCCCUUCUUCCCCAUCCUCCCCUCCCUCCACCCGCUUCCCCUCGUCACCCCAGACCUGGCCGCCGCCGCCGUCCAGUCCUCACCCGACGACGACGACGAAGAUCCGUUCCUCCCCGCGGGUUUCGUCUCUGCUUUCUCGGCCUUCUCCCUCGAGCGCCACCCCGUCCUCGCCCGCUCCGCCUCCGCCUUCUCCGGCCUCCUCGCCGAACUCGAGCGCGCGCUCGCCGUCGACUCCGCCGCUUCCUCCACCACGGACCCCGCCGGGCCCAUGGUCUCAGUCGACAGCCUCCGCGCCUACCUCCAGAUCGUCGACGUCGCCUCCAUACUCAGACUGGACCGGGACAUAGCCGACCACGCCUUCGAGCUCUUCAAGGACUGCUCGUCCGCGACCUGCCUCAGGAACCGGAGUGUCGAGGCGCUCGCGACCGCCGCGCUUGUGCAGGCCAUCCGCGAGGCGCAGGAGCCCAGGACGCUGCAGGAAAUAUCUACUGCUAGCAAUCUUCCUCAGAAAGAGAUAGGAAAGUACAUCAAAAUACUUGGCGAAUCUCUGAAACUAAGCCAACCUCUUAACAGCAAUUCAAUAGCUGUUCAUAUGCCUCGGUUUUGCAGCUUGCUCCAGUUAAAUAAAUCUGCUCAGGAACUUGCAGCCCAUAUCGGCGAGGUGGUGGUUAAUAAAUGCUUCUGCACACGGAGGAAUCCCAUUAGUAUAUCUGCUGCUGCUAUCUACCUUGCAUGCCAGCUCGAAGACAAGCGCAAAACUCAGGCAGAGAUCUGUAAGGUAACAGGCCUUACUGAGGUCACUCUACGCAAAGUGUAUAAAGAACUGUUGGAGAAUUGGGAUGAUUUGCUCCCUCCUGACUACACACCGGCCACGCCACCAGAGAAAGCUUUCCCAAUGACAACCAUUUACUCAGGGCGCUCAUCAAGUGGCAAAGAUUUAUCUAAUCUGUAUCAGGAUAAGCUGUUGGACAGUAUUAAGCAGAAAGGCCCUGGGACUGCAGAGCCUGAUCACAUGGUCAUCAUAAAAGAAGAGGAAGACAAGAAAGUUAGUGCACUUGGUCGACCACCUGCAAAACUUGAGCCUCAUGACUUGAGCAAGGCAUUCUGGCAGCCGAAUGCCCCAUUCUCAACAUCUCCAAAAUCCGACCGUGACAAGAUGGAAACUAGCGUUCGCGGAUUCAACCUUAAUGAGGCAACAUGCCCAAUGGAUUGUGAUAGAGCAGAUAUAACACUGAAGCCAACUUUCAAUGAUCGAUUUGUAAAUGAAUCAAAGGUGAUCCCAUCUCCUCCCAGUAGGCAGCCUGUCCCAUGGCAACUUAAGCAGGCGGCACCUGCAACUGGGUCAUCAUACUCUAGGCUUCGUGAGCAGCAGAUGGGCUUGGACCUCGUGGCUGCACUGAAGGGGAUUGGGAAAAGGAGUGCUGGGGAUGGUGAUGGCCGGGAUAAGGAAGGGAAGUGAGUAGUUGAAGAUAUUUAUCCCCUUAAUCGAAAAUAAUGAAAAUAAUGGUGAUUUGUAAAUAUAGAUGCUUGUUUGUAAUAGAGUUAAAUUCGGCUACACCUGUCAUUCUAUAUUUCUGUUGCAUCAUGCCAAAGCUGUGAAAUGUCAGUCCAGACUCUGUAGCUUCUGUGCUGAAAUUUUUAGUAAUACUUCCACAUUA